AUGAACAGUAUGAUACCAGCAACUCGACAACAAGUUCUUGGCCUUUACCGCAAGAUAUUCCAGAUAGCCAAAAAAUGGCAAUCGGCAUCAGGACAGAUAGAAGAAACUCUUAAAGAGAAAGAGUACAUUAAAAAUGAAGCCAGGACAUUAUUCAGGAAAAACAAACACGUAACAGAUCCUAAACUGAUUAAGCAAUGUAUAGAAGAAUGUGAGGCAAGAAUAGAGAUUGGACUUCACUAUAACAUCCCCUACCCGAGACCUAUCCAUCUGCCUCCUAUGGGUCUUGCCUACAAACAAGGCCGUGUGUUGCAACACCAGGAAAAGCUAAGGAAGAUUUCUAAGCCAAUAUACCUGAAAUCCCAUGAUGAAGUUUCAUAACCCACCAUUUAAGAUGUGAUGUGUAAUCACAUCCUUUAAGCUGUGAACUGCACUCCAGGUGAUCUGUGUGCACAACUGUGAAUGAAGCUGUUUUGGUCACACAUUUCCUGAGACCAAAAAGCCAAUUGAUGAUAUAUUUUGUAUGAUGGAUAAGGUUGGUCAAGUAUUUAUUACACUUCAACCACUGACUUGUCAACAAAAGUAACACUUUCCAAGGA